AUGAUCACCGUAACUAUGUUGAUAUGGAUUAAUAUCAAUGAAUCAUCGUUCCAUUUUUCGGCUGGUAAAUACCCGUUCUACAAAGCAGUGCAAUUAAGGAAACAAAGAUUGCCAGUUAUGAAAUGCCACCCAGUAAAUAACGUGGUAUUCAUCAAAACACACAAGACCGCAAGUACUUCGCUUCACUGUAUCAUCUGUCGUUAUGGUUACAAUAAGAAACUAUCAUUUGUGAUUUGUAAAUUCAACAUGUACAAUGGUCACAUAAGAAAGACAGCUCUGAAUACAAGUCGAUUCUUACCACCUCUUCACUACAAUGGUACUGGGAAUCCAAUGUACAAUAUUCUGACUGGUCACGUGACAUACGCAAAACGUACAAUAAACACGUUUAUGUCGGGGAAACCAAAAUUCAUCACUAUUGUAAGAGAACCAGCAAGUCAAAUCGAAUCGCAUAUGAACUUUUUUCAUCACAAGAGUGAAGUAUUAAGUGGAAUAGACACAUUUCUGAAAGACGUGAAUUAUUUCCAAAAUGGCGGCACAGCAGGGAGCAGAAACAAUCAAAUUAGGGAUCUUGGUUUGACACUCAUUCAGACAGCCAAUGAGACUAUUGUUAAUGACACUAUUAACAAACUAGACGAGGAAUUUGAUUUAGUUCUUAUAGCUGAAUAUUUCGACGAGUCCUUGAUUUUGCUGAAAAGACUCAUGUGUUGGGAGUUUGAAGAUAUAGUUUAUUUAGCUAAGAAUACCCGACUGAAGCGAGACACGAUUACUAACACAUUUAGGCGAAAUGUAUAUAAGUGGUCUAGAGCUGACAUGUUGAUGUAUAACUACUUUAACUUCACGCUAUGGAGCAACAUCCGUGGGUUGGGAUCAGAAUUUUACGUUGAGUUAGCAACAUUUCGUGCUUUACUCACUGAUACUAGUACACGAUGCUCCGCGUCCAAAAUCUCAAAAAGAAACCGUAGUGGAGUGAAACAUAUUGAAUAUUCCACAAGCAACACGACAUUCUGCAAACAGUUGGGAAUGACCAACGUAGAUUGGUAUCAGUCAAUUUCUAAACGCCAACAAUAA